CUCCAAAAACUUACAGAAUCUCAAGGGUUCACAGAGUCAUAUCAACAAGACCAAAUAACACAGGAUAAUGUUACCAGUCGCAAAAAGAGGGCCCCCGUUACAGACAAUAAAUAUGCACGUGCAGUUAAUUACUGGAUACUGUCUAUACUGUCCAAAGGCCUGCCAGAAGACCAUUAUUUCAAGCCCGACAACCCUUCCCUACCUAUACAGAUGCUCAAACUCUUUCCUGAGCGCUACACUAUUCUCCGUGAGAGUAAUCUACCCAGC